AUGGAAAACGGGGCUCAAAGCAUCAUGCAAGAUGAAAUAAUUUUCCACAGCAAAUAUCCUCCGGUUCAAGUUCCUGAAGACAUGACACUGCCAGAAUUCGUGCUUUCAAAUGCAGAGCCAUAUCUAGAUAAGGUGGCAUUUGUCGAUGCACUAACCGGAAAAGGAUAUAAUUAUGGAGAAGUAACUAGAGAUGUGAAGAGGUUCGCUAAUGCCUUGAGAUCACUUGGGCUGAGGAAAGGCCGCGUCGUGGUGGUUGUACUCCCAAAUGUACCCGAAUAUGCUAUCAUUGCCCUCGGAAUCAUGGCUGCAUGUGGUGUAUUUUCCGGUGCUAAUCCAAAUGCACAUUCAUCAGAAAUCAAGAAACAAGUUGAGGCUGCUGAUGCCAAGAUUAUUGUCACCGACGGAUCAACCUAUGACAAGGUUAAAGAUUUGGGAGUGCCAGUUAUAAUACAAGGCGGUGAUCGCAUUGAGGGAACUAUACAUUGGGAUGAACUGCUAGAAGCUGCAGAUAGAGCGAAUACUGGUAUUAUUGAAGAAAAAGUGCAUCAAGAUGAUCUGUGCGCUCUACCAUUUUCAUCAGGCACGACCGGCUUAUCCAAGGGAGUUAUGCUAACUCACCGGAACUUAGUGGCCAAUCUCUGUUCUUCGCUCUUCAGUGUAGGACCAGAAUUAAUAGGACAGGUUACUAUACUUGGUCUAAUACCAUUUUUUCAUAUCUACGGACUUGCUGGAAUAUGUUGUGCCACCAUUAGAAACAAGGGGAAAGUGGUGGUGAUGCGUAGAUAUGAACUUCGGGCAUUUGUGAGCGCAUUGAUCACACACCAGAUAACGUUUGCACCAAUUGUACCACCCAUCAUUUUGGGAUUGGUUAAGAACCCCAUAGUCGAUGAUUUUGAUCUUAGUAAACUCAAGCUCAGGUCCAUCAUGACGGCAGCAGCUCCGCUUGCCCCUGAAAUUCUAACAGAAUUUGAGAAAAAAUUUCCAGGCGUUCAGGCAUAUGGAAUGACAGAGCACAGCUGCAUUACACUAACACAUGGGGAUCCAAAUAUGGGCCAUGGAAUUGCAAAGAGAAACUCGGUGGGAUUUAUACUUCCAAAUCUGGAGGUGAAAUUUAUCGAUCCUGAGACGGGUCGGUCUCUCCCCAAGAACAGCCCAGGUGAAAUCUGUGUUAGAAGCCAGUGUGUGAUGAAAGGUUACUAUAAGAAUGAGUAUGAGACUGCUCUCACUAUAGACAAAGAAGGGUGGCUCCACACAGGUGACAUUGGCUACAUUGAUGAUGAUGGGGAUGUUUUUCUUGUGGAUCGCAUCAAAGAAUUGAUCAAAUACAAAGGAUUUCAGGUAUCAUAA